ACGCGUUUAAAUAAGGGCUGGAGACGCAGCCUUUCCAGUGUGCUCUGCUAGGCUGUGACAGCAGGAACGGAGCUUCUUGAGAGGCUCUCCUCUCUUUCUUUUCGCAUUAAUUCCUCUCCAAAAAGGAACUUCUUGGGGAGAAGGCUCUGAGACUGCAUGUCCCAACAGUACCAGCUGCAGGAGGUGAAGGGAGACGCGGUUUGCUUUGUACCUGGCUCUCCUCUCUUCUCCGUCCUCAUGGAGCCAGCUUCUUUCUGCUACCCCCGGCUCACCUUCCUCCGCUCGCCCUAUGGCCAGUUUGGGGCGAGCGCUGACUCUUCGCAGGAUUUGGCCCCGUGGCCGCAGCGCCUGGUGACACAGAGAUGGACCGGGGCAGUGGACGAGUCUCCACCAGCAGCGAUGUCAAGAAAUGGAUACUUCUUUGAAGAGAGUGGGUACCUCAAGUGCGACACGGACGAUGGCUGUGAGGCUAAGGAGGAGGCAGGGGGAGAGGAGCUCUUUGACGCUGUAAACUCCUCCAUCGUUUCAGGGGACAGCAUCAGGUUCUUCGUCAACGUCAACCUGGAGGUGCCGCCUAAUGCCACUGCUGAAAAUGAAAGUGCUGGCUGCGUGUUACUACACACAUCAAGAAAGUACCUGAAGUUAAAGAAUUUUGAGGAGGAAGUCAGAGCCCACAGAGACCUCGAUGGGUUCUUGGCCAGAGCCAGCAUCAUCCUUGAUGAAACAGCCACCUCCUUGGACGAUGUUCUUAGAGAGAUGCUGAAACAUUUUGCUGAGGAUCCAGAGAACACAGAGCCAAGCUGCAACUUUGAAAAAAUCAUGAGCACUUUAUUCACAGAUUCAGGGACCCCACGAGAAGGGAAUGGCACCCAUGACGUUUCAGAGCCAACAGGAAUGAAUAUACAAACAUGUACAUCGCAUCUCAAAUUUCACCUCUUAUCAGAUACAAUUCAAGGGGUCACAGCAACAGUCACAGGGGUGCAGUAUCAGCAAUCCUGGCUCUGUAUCAUUUGCACUAUAAAGUCCCUUCAGCGACGUCAUGUUUGCAUCAGCCGCCUCGAGAGGCCUCAGAAUUGGGGUGAAAACUCCUGUGAAGUGAGAUUUGUGAUAUUAGUCUUGGCUCCUCCUAAAAUGAAAAGCACCAAAACUGCCACGGAAGUGGGCCGGACCUUUGCCACAAUGUUUUCAGACAUAACCUUUCGCCAGAAACUCCUAGAAACCAAAACCGAAGAGGAGUUCAAGGAAGCCUUAGUCCACCAGCGCCACUUGUUGACGGUGGUGAAUCAGAGACCCUCGGCAAUGAAUGAUGGGCACAAGUCACAUGGUCCUAAGCCCCUCAAGUUGCACGAGUUUCUCAAUGUUGGCAAGGGGAUUUCUGAUGACAUUGCACGAAGAUUUCCAGUGUACGCUUUGGACUUCACUGACGGUAUUAUUGGAAACAACAAGGCUAUAGGAAAAUACAUCACAACUAUGAUCUUUCUGUAUUUUGCCUGCCUCCUUCCAUCUAUUGCAUUUGGGUCCCUCAAUGAUGAAAACACCCGAGGAGCUAUUGAUGUGCAGAAGACAAUCGUUGGCCAGUGUAUCGGAGGGCUGCUUUAUGCGCUCUUUUCGGGGCAACCUCUAGUUGUACUCCUAACUACGGCUCCUUUAGCACUCUACAUUAAUGUCAUCCGAGGAAUCUGUGAUGACUACAACUUGGAUUUCAGUGCUUUCUAUGCCUGGAUUGGACUGUGGAACAGCUUUUUCCUCGUGAUGUACUCCCUCUUUAAUUUCAGUCUUCUGAUGAAGCUCUUUAAAAGGUCAACAGAAGAAAUAAUUGCACUUUUUAUAUCAAUCACGUUUGUGCUUGAUGCCUUCAAAGGCAUUAUUAAAGUUUUUAAGAAAUAUUACUACCAUGGGCGCACAGGAGACAGUUACUUGGAAAAAGCACGAACUGAUGCUAUUCCAAGCCUCGGCAUCAAUACCACCUUCUUGAUGAAUUCAUCAGUGAGCAGAUCCAUGUCCCUAGAGAAUCAAACAGGCACGCAUGAUGUGCAUUAUGGACGUGAAACUGCCGUCCUUAGUCUCAUGUUGAUGUUGGGUACCCUUUGGCUUGGUCAUACGCUCUAUCAGUUUAAGAAAAGCCCAUAUCUGCAUGCAAGAGUCCGUGAAAUUCUGUCCGACUGUGCCUUACCAAUUUCAGUUCUGACUUUUUCUGUUGUGGGUUCCUAUAUCUUCAAGGAAAUUGAAAUGUCUAAAUUUAACUACAACCCAUCUGAGAGCUUGUUUGUGCUGGCCCCAGUCCAGUCCCUCUCCAUUGGGUCGGUGAUGAGUGCAAUGGGGCUGGGGUUCCUCCUCUCAAUGCUCUUCUUCAUAGAGCAGAACAUCGUGGCAUCGCUCACAAAUGCCCCGGAGAACAGGUUGGUGAAGGGAACAGCCUACCACUGGGACCUCCUGCUUGUUGCACUGAUCAACACGGGGCUGUCUGUCUUUGGCCUCCCAUGGAUCCACGCCGCCUUCCCUCACUCCCCGAUGCAUGUCCGUGCUCUGGCCUAUGUAGAGGAGAGGGUUGAAAAUGGACACAUCUAUGAGACGAUUGUGAGUGUGAAGGAGACCCGGCUGACAAGUCUAGUGGCCAACUUCUUGGUUGGCCUUUCGCUCCUGCUCCUCCCUUUUCCUCUCCAAUGGAUCCCGAAACCAGUCCUCUACGGCCUCUUCCUCUACAUCGCAUUGACUUCCAUUGAUGGGAACCAGCUCUUUGAGAGGGUGGCCCUCCUGCUCAAAGAACAGACUGCUUAUCCUCCGACACAUUACAUCCGCAGAGUGCCCCAGAGGAAGAUUCACUAUUUCACAGGCUUGCAGGUCCUGCAGCUCCUUAUUCUCUGUGGUUUUGGCAUGUCGCCAUUGCCCUACAUGAAGAUGAUCUUCCCACUCAUCAUGAUAGGAAUGAUCCCAAUCAGGUAUAACCUGCUCCCUAGAAUCAUCGAAGCCAAGUACUUGGAUGCUAUGGAUGCAGAGCAUUAAACGGGGUCUGCCACACACGGAGCAGUGAGGAUGGCUCCUUCAGAGUUGGAAGGAUGGGGCGGCUUUGCCGAGGCGUAGAACAAUCUAUCUGCAGUUCUUUCUUUCACCACUUUCUUUCUGCUCUAAUAUGGUAUUGGUAAUGCACAUAUCAAAGACCAAUUGAGCAUUGAAGUGUCAGACCAAAACAGCCUUGGACUUGAGAGGCUAAUGCUCUUUGGAGCUGUGAGGCAAGCAAGCUCUAUGGAAAUGCUACUUUCCACAUCCCAAAACUGGAAUCCCCAAAGAUCAGCAUGCCCAUACAGUUGGAGUAUGCAUUCAGAGCUGUCAUGUGUUCCCUUGUCUGAGGGGUGGGGGAAGAAAUCCCUUUUUUAUGCACCACGUCCCUUUUUUCCAAAACACUCUAAGGACAGCAACUGACCUUUCUCUUACAGAAUGACAGUCCUGUUCUGGCCUUUGAAUUCUAUUUCCCAUGAAUCCAGUAUUACCGAAUUAGUAUUCCAGGUAGGAUGGCCUCAUGGUAAACCACUGUCAGGAGAGAUGUCUGGCUGUCUCUUCAGACUGACUAGCAGAAGGGUUAGAAGCAGAUUUAAUUUGUACUGAUACAGUCCACAGCUUUGGAUGAAUAUUUCAUUCCUACAGAUGAGCUGGAAAUGUUCAGAGGUUGCGCUCGCACGGUGAUAUUGGUGAAACUGCAUCUGGGUCUAAGCUAUUUGGGAAUUAUUUUGGUUCUUUCUGCCAUUGCCACUCGGUAAUCAAAUACAGAUGUGUAGUUUUGCACAACUGCAAUGUUCUUGCUUGCACCUGGAGUCAAAUGCUGAAACUUGUCAAAGGGCAGUUGUGUUAAUGAUUGCAUAUACAUAUGUACAGUAGUGCCUAUGUGUACAUAUAUACGUAUGGAUUUGUGUAUAUAUUUUGCAUAGAUAUACAAAUAGGCCUGAUUCUUUCAAAAUAUCAAGUGUUUUGUGCAAUCAGUGUUACCUGUGAUGUCUUGACCAUAUACUUGUUCUCUGCUUCAGUGCUGCUUUUUCUUGUUGGAGAUAUGGUCACUUAUUUUUUUCCUUCUAAAGCUGCUCAUUUACUGUUUUUGUUCAUGUGUUGCUUUGUUCAAGGUGUUCCUUUGCUUUCUUUUUCCCAUGGCUUGAGACCUUCAUUCUGUCUUGAUGCUCUGAUGUGUGAAUUUUGCAUUUAAUUUUAAUGUACAGCAUGCAAUGAAAAUUUUCCUCUUUUGCCUAAUCAAUAUUUGUUGGUCAUUUCAUUAUUUCUGUUCUGUAGCUAAUCUCCAUUUUUCCCCCACUCCUAGUCAUUAUAUUUCUGGAUGAAUUUAACUUCUGUCUUUUACAGUUCAGUUUAUUUAAUUUUGCUUGUACUAUGGUCAGUUUUCUUAUUUGAAGUACUGUGAAACCAGCUGCCCUUUAGUUCAGUGCUCGCCCAUUGCUGCACGUUACAGAUCACAGGUAAAGCGUUAAGGAAAAUGUGGAGCUCUGAAGAUAAUGAACUUUCAAAACAGCAAAAAUGAGGGAAGGCCAGCUUUGUGAUGAGGGGAGAAAGGCUUUGGGGAAAAUGCUUGUAUGCUGAAACAGUCAGACUCAAGCCUCUGAAGAUUUGGUGUAUUUGCACUAAACAUCAGAUGGUAUUGCAUCAUAAUGUAGUUGCCUACAGUUUUAAAACAUGUUUGAAAACGUUUUCACUUUCUUACGGAAACUCUUCAUCCUUGUAUUAAUACUUAAUGGAAGAGAGCAGAAAGCGUUCCUGAGAAUGUGUCCUUGUGGGCAUGGCCAGUAAGUUCUACAGCUAUCCCAGGGGAAAGCCCCCAGCUUUCUUAGCAAGCAAAGCAGCAGCACGAAUGACCUUCAGGUCACACCAGCCAAUUGUUGUGGGAAUGCUGAGAAGGCUCUGAGUCGGGGUGACCGCCCUGGUACACCAAAGCAGGUAAACACUUCUGGUUUUCAGUUGGUCUUGAAGGCAGCAGAGGUAAUUCAUGCUGUGUCUGGCCAUGGUAUGACAGCAGGUGCAAAUCUGUGCUGGUUUCUGACUGCCUUGGUCAAUAUUUUCUAGCUUUGAGUCAUUCUGUGGUGAGAUCACAAAUGGCUCUUACCAAGGUCUGCAUGUAGAAACAGGACGAGCAGGCAGCAAACAGGAUUUCAGGGCAGCGUGAAGGCGGAGGUGGUAAAAGCAUGUCUGAUCUCUAGUCAACAGAAAAAGAGCAGGUGACAGCAAACAGCUCAGUGCAUGUUGUAAGACAGCGAUUGUACAGGCCUCAUGGUGCUUAAAUAAUGUGCUUUUCCCAUGGAUGUCAGAUUGACCAAAACUACAAUGAGAAGUGUCAUCUUAUGGUUAAGCUAUUAAAUGCAGGUGUCCAGAGGGUGCAUUUGUGGUGCCUCAGCUCUUGGCUGGGAGAAGUCACCCUUUGGGGUGGCUUGAACCACGUUGUGGAUGCUGUAGCUGGAGGACAGAGGAUGUGCCUGAUGGAGAGUAGCUCUGGUCCUCUUUGAGGAAGAGUGGAGGCCCUGGGUGAAAUUCCCUCCAGAACAGAGCAUGUUGAGAUGAACUGCACGUGGGUCUUGUCAGAAAAAGAAAUAGUUGUCAGAAAUAGUUCUCAGAUGUGCCCUCCGUCUCCCCAGCUCACGAGGACCAAAAAAUGUCCCCUAUUUAAAACCACUUGAAAACAUCAAAAACCACUUGAAAAUGUCAGUUUCAGAUAGUGUCAAAUGUUGUUAAAUGAGAUCAUUCAAAACCUAGCUAACUGGGGGGUGUUUAGAUAGCAAUCACAAUUCUUGGGGUGGGUGUUCUUGUUCAUUGCUGUUGAUUUACCAGUAUGACUUCGGUGUUUAUUUUUCUUAGUGUCAAUAGAAUCUGUUUUGCAGAGUUUUCUUUCUACUGAAGUCAUGGGCCAAAGAACCAAAUGAUGGGAGAGCGGCACGACUCCCGAAGUGAAGCUGUGCUGGCUUAAACUGCUUGCAUAUUUUGGACCCGUGUCUAGAUGUAUGGGUAGGAGGGGUUGUGAGAUUCAAGGCCUCUUGGCUGUUAAGGGGUCGUGAUGAUCCCACGGAGGAUUUUUUCGUACCUUUUCUCUUGUUUGCUUCUGGUUUUGCUGACAAAAGUGCAGGCGCUUCCAGGAGGUAGGCUAACUAGGGAAGGAGAGGUGGUUCAGAGUUGAUCGAGCACUUUAAUACUUCUGUGAAGGUUAAGACAAUUAGAAUGUACAAAGUUUUAUUAUAAGCUCUUUAUAUACGCACAAUGCUAUGUAUAACUGUUGCCAAAGAAAUGGGCUUGAAGGAUGUCGAUAGCUUUUUGACAGUCCACGAUGUUCACCUGGAGCCACGAGGUGGUGGAGCACUUCUGAAAUGGGUGGGUUUGGGAAGCUACCUUUUGACAGUCGCCAAAACGAUCAGAAACGGGGAAUAGAAUAAAUUUCUGCUCUCAAACCUGUAGGUUUUGAUCCUUGCACUGAAUGUAGGAGCUAGAAAUUAGCUUGACAAUUAAAAUUGGAUUUAUACCUGAAUAGUUUUGUUGGUCUGAGACUUAUUUUGUUGCCUUCAAAGAUGUUGACACGCUAAUGUAUGGAAAUAGAUGUUUCUUCAUGUAAAUUAAGGGAAGUUGGUGAAACCUGGACUGCUGAACAGGCGAUAUAGUGCUUUCUGGAUUGCUUAGAAAGCAGAUCUGACAAAUUCACUAGCAACGGCCUCCCAGAUUCUCUGGCAUCAACAUUUGAAGCUAUUAAUAAAUGUCAAACUCGAGUUGGAUGAUGUGUGUCAGUGCAUCACUGCCAAAGGAUAUAGGGAUGGGGCAAAAUUCAACUGGUUUGCUUCAGAGCUGCUGUCCGGUGAAAUGUUUCAAGAGGAAUCCAACGACUGUGGGACGUGGCAUAUGCUUCCUGAUGACCUGCAUGAAGCGGUAUGCUCUGAAAAAUAAUUGGUAGAUGGUCAUGUACCUGUAUGCUGUAGAUCAAACAAUUCAUCCUGAAAGGUCCCCCUGUUCCCAGCUGUACCAAAAGAAACUUUGUAAAAAUUUUGCAUAUUGUAUUUCUCUGCUUUAGAAGAUGCUGCUGGACUGUGUUCUCUGGGCGCUUUUUGGAGGAAAAACAAAAGGAAACAUGAGGUUGGUUGAAGUUGGAUAUACCUGGAGAACACUUGGGGGGGUUGUGGGGUUCUCAGAAACAAAAAAAAAAAAACAUGAAGGGGACCUGAAAUGUACCGUGUCACAAAAUGCUCCUGUUUUCCAGCCUGUGUCCCACUAAACAUGCAUCUUUAUCCAUUGGCACACGUUCAUGUUAUUCCUUGAUCAAGCUUUUUUCUUGUUCACUGUUCUGUAUCUGUCCUUUGUGCUUCUACCUGCCUUGAAGGUUAACAGGCAAAACUGGGAUUAGCUGAAACUCAUCGCUUGCGUCCAUUCCCCCAAAACUUCAGUGCAAGCCCCUUCCUCUGUAAUUUCUUGACUUAACUCUCAUCCUCCCCAGCCCUUCUCUGAAGGUUGUCUCUGGUGUCCCCACUGUGAAAAUGCUGCCAAAAUGCUGAGUGGGUGUUUUUAUCUGGAGAGCUCGAGCCUGUGUCUGAGCAGCAGCGUGGCAGCAGCCGCUCUCUUGGGGCUCGCUUUGCCAUAAUAAGCAAUUAUGAAGGAUUCAUAAUUGUCCUACAGUUGCACUGUCUUCUGCAUCUUGUUAGAUGAUUACUUUAUGGCACAGUGUUCCAGUUGGGCUGUCCUCUUUUCAUCUGUCAGGCUUCCAAAACAACUUAAAUAGACAUUAUGGGAUGGGCUUGCCCCAUUUUCUAUCUGUGCUGAGGCCUGUGGAUGUUAGAAGAGAAUAGUCUUCUCUAAUUGUUUUCAUAUCUAAUUAAGGCAUUUAAGGACCAAACCCUGUCCAUUACACUGGUGGCUCCAGAUCUGGUCGCAAAGAGGGAGCCAUCAAUAUUUUGUAAAGAGCAGACAGACAAGGGAGUUGCCCGAGUACAUACUUCAGAAAUACAAAUUAGCACUUUCCUCUUCAGCUUGUGUGUGUUUUCCUUUCAAACUAAGACAAUCCUUGGCUGUGUCUCCUUUUCUUGUAGAAAACUCUGCAUGAGCUUGGAUCACUUGGCAUGAUCCUGAUGCCACAUGAAAUAUUAAGAGCGUGUCCUGGGGGAUGUGCUGCCUUCUGCUCCCCAUCUGCAUCUCUGCUGCGAAGAUCUGCUUGCUUGGAGAGCUGAAGUCCCCUGAGUGGAAGAGGGGGACGCGUGUGGCAUCUCAGUCAUUCAUGUGGCCAAUUCUUGCUGCUGCUCCAAAGGCCAUCAGUGUCCCUUGCUUGGCUGCAGGUGGGAGACCCAAAUGUGAACAAAAUGGCAGAGUUUGGGGGAAAAAAGUUUACUGUUUUCUCCCUUUUUACUUGAGCUAUGCUGCAUUUAAAAAAAAAAAAACUCUGGCAGUAAUGUAUUUAUGUGAUCAGGGUUUUGCAGAAAAUCCGCAUAUCAAAUUCAGCAGCUGGAGCAUCAGUUGCAGCACCCGGGAGGCUUGCCAAAGGGCUGAGCUCUGUCGCUGGGUCUAUCAGCAGCAGUCAGUGUCUCAGCGUGCUUUUUCCAGGCAUCACAUUAAGAUAAGUUUCAUGUGACUGGAUGACUUGGACGGUUUCUGCAAGGGUCUGUAUUAGCAAUAGCAGCACAACGGGGCUUGUCCUGCCAUGUGGGGCUGGAGCAGAGGAUGUAGCCCGUGGUGCAGGUGUGUGGGGACCUGUUUGGCAGGUAAUCAAUGGAUCCAAUUUCAGAAGGACAUGGGAAGGAUUGAUGGAUAUCUGGGUGACACAGCUGAGCUCAGGCUGUGUAUCCUUCUCUCCAUGAACUGCUUACCUUAGGAGCAGUGUUAGCCACUUGUUUUUCAAAGCAUAUAUCCAUAGCAUCAAGUAGGUCUGAGUUUCUCAAAUUUGGGACCAGCACCAUCAAUUUCCAAGGCACAGAGCCCCAGCCUGCACAAAUAGGCUUUGAAGAGACUCACAUCACUGUUGAACUUCCUUUGCCUGCCCUUCUCUAAUGCUUGUGAUGCCAAAGUGUGAUUAGCAGCUCAGGUUUAAGUGCCCCCAUCUGGAAGCUGUGGCUGUGGGGAUGUGUGCAGGAUAUGGCCAUCCUCAGCAGGUGCCUGGCUGUGAUCUCUGAGGGGCCUGGUGGGUUUAAGUGGAUCACUUCACAUGGGAGAAAGCGUGAUUCAGCUGUCAAGCAUGGCAGCCUCUGGGAAGUGAGAAGCCUGUUGUGCUGUUGACCCUUUGAGGGUUUCAGCCUCUUGCAUUUAUUUGGCAGAGCUGCUCUGAUGCAGUGAGGGGGGCUCGGUGCUCUGCUAUUUUCAGAAGUGGUUCUCUUCUGCUUCUCCCCAAUCCUCUUCGCUGAUGUGAAGCUCUACCUUGUUUCCAGGUAUUACCCCCC